GAGAUGCUCAAGUGUCUGUUGGAUCACUGAAUGCAGCAAGGGCAGUUUCCUUCCUCUAUCUCCAGGGCCCUGUGCAGGGCCUGCCCUUCAAUAAAUGCUUCUAGUACUGAAUGAAUGAAUGAAUGAAUGAAUGAAACAAACGAAGACGGAACGAGUCUAAGUAUGGAUUCCACCCCCUGACCCAGAAGCCACCUAGACUGAUGACAAACGGGCGUACCCAGGCCACUCUGCCAGCACACCCUCAGUGCCCUCUUUUCUAGGGAGAAGUAAACUCCUGAAAGCUCUCGCAAGUUUGUAGUAUUUUAACUCGGGAGCCUCCAAGGCCUCAUUCAUUCCCUUAGUGGUCACUGAAUACACUUGGCGCGGGCGCCUCGCCCGACCCAGCCCUUCAGGGAGCGAACGGGUCCAAGGACGCUCGGCGAAUUCUGACGAACUAUAAUUCGGCCUUCCGGCUGCCGCGCCCUCGGCCCUUCUAACACCGAGUUUGUCCCCGACAGGCACAGCCAGAGUCUACGGAGUCCAGCCCGGGCACCCGACACCGCCUGGCCCGCAGCCGUCCGAGCCUGCACUGCACCCCACGUCCGCGCGGCUGCUGGACCCGGGCGCCGCGCCACCAAAGGGGGAGCACAGGCGGGGCUCGGAGUGGGGCGGGGCUGUGGGCGGGUCUGGUUGGGGCGGCCCCAGCAUUGGCUCCGCGGGCCAGGGGCGGGGCCUCAGGGGCCACGGAUCGCACUGAGUUCACAGCCGGGAACGCGUCCCACAGCCUCGCGGUCCAGCUCCAGAGCUUUCGCAGCCCGCGGGUCCGCCGCCUGAGCGCCUUAAGCUCUUCAGCCCCAGACCGGACCGGGGAGCCUGCGAGAACAAGACCGGAGGGCCCGUUGCUGCCCACCAGAGCGCCACCUUUCUGCUGCUAAUUUUCCAGAGCGUUUUCCACUCUUCUGGGAGAGAGUGAUCUUUGUUAUCUCAGCCCUGACUUCGCUGAUCCUUAAUCGUCCUUUUUCUCAUCCCUCCGGCCAACUUCAGUCACGCCCCACACCCUUGUCUUGGCCCUUGGGCAACGUUUGGGUGUCCGAAAACCCCCCUCUGGGUGUGUCCGGCUGAGGUGGGGAGAAGAGGCAGCCGGAGGCCGUGGUCCCCGAGGGUGCGCCGUCCCCAGCCCCUGCAGCCCGGCCCCGGGCGCGGAGAUCGCGAUGUCCACCAAGGUGCCCAUCUAUCUAAAGCGCGGGAGCCGCAAGGGCAAGAAGGAGAAGCUGCGGGACCUGCUGUCCUCGGACAUGAUCAGCCCGCCGCUGGGGGACUUCCGACACACCAUUCAUAUCGGCAGCGGCGGUGGCAGCGACAUGUUCGGUGACAUCUCCUUCCUGCAGGGCAAGUUCCACCUCCUGCCAGGGACGGCGGUCGAGGGACCCGAGGAGGACGGCACCUUGGACCUCCCGUUCCAGUUCACCCGCACCGCCACGCUGUGUGGGCGGGAGCUCCCCGACGGGCCGUCCCCUCUGCUCAAGAACGCCAUCUCCCUCCCUGUCAUCGGGGGGCCCCAGGCCCUCACCCUGCCCACAACUCAGGCCCCACCCAAACCCCCUCGCCUGCACCUGGAGACCCCACAGCCUUCCCCACAGCCUUCCCCACAGGAGGCAGGGAGUGUGGACAUCUGGAGAAUUCCAGAGGCUGGCUCUGCCCACAAUGGGCUGACGCCCGAGUCAGGGGCCGAGGAGCCCUUCCUGUCCCAUGCCAGCUCCUUGCUCUCCCUGCAUGUGGACCUGGGGCCUUCCAUCUUGGAUGACGUCCUCCAGAUCAUGGACCAGGACCUGGGCCACGUGCAGAUCCCCACAUAGGACCACGGCUGGCCAGGCCGGGUGCUCAAGGUGGAGUGAAUGCUGGAGGCAGGGGGUGGAUGGAGCCCUGGCCUACACGUCGGGAUCCCUAGGCCCCCCUGUGUGGUCACUGGCCAGUGAUUUCUUUUCUUUGAGCCUUUGUUUCCCUCGCUCCCACCCUCUCCUCAUGGGCAGAGCGUGCCUCAUUGCCUUCCCCUAAAGCUCACCGAGGACAUGUGCAGAAGUCAGCCCAAAGUGCCCUGAGCAUCUCGGGCCACCUGGACCCCCCCCCCCCCAAACUGCCCCCCCUUCCCUGAGACCCCUUGGAUGAAGGCUCCGCCGAAAUGGAGUCCCCUUUGCCUCAGCCCCAUGGGAUGCCCCGACUGGGGGCUGGGGAAGAGGCAAGGCACAGCCAGCCAGAACUUUGGCUUCGCUGUCCUGGACUAGGAACGUGGCAUUGGUGACCGAACGUCCCUCUGCCCCACCCUCGCUCACAUGACCGGGAGAUUCUGGUCGCAAUAAAACUUGCUGCUGCUGACAGUUGUGCUCCCGGCACCCUCGACCCGGGUUUCCUCCUGAAGACAGACCAGCCUCCGCGACCGGGGCUGACCCUGGGGGAGACCCCAUUCCCGGAAGGCUGUGUGCAGGGCGGGCCCUGCCCUUGGGAAGCCUCUACCCGAUCCCAAGCCCAUAGUGAGAAAGAGGCAGGAAUACACCAAUGCCACCUAGGGAGACCGCAAUAUUGCUUCAGGUGCUUAACAAGAGGGGGCUGAGCACUGGCGUCGUCCGGGCGCUGUGCCCAGGCUGCUGGGGUCUACCGGGGGAGGCCCAAGAGCGAAAGAGUAACCCCAAGGCCUAGUGCAAGGGACCAGCAGCUUCUCCAGCUUCCAAAGACUAAGGGGGCACUCGGGCGGGACCGGCCAGGCCUGGGGCUGGGAGGGACCCAACAGUGCCUGUCAGCGGGCUCGUCGCCACCUACAGGGCACCCAGGUGUGCUCCAGGUGCCGGGGAUUUCACACAGCCGCGAUCCCCACUCCUGUAGCUUAUAUUCCAGUGGGAAAAGGAUAUUGAAUUUGUAAGCAAGUAGGGCGAGUGCCAACUGGGCUGAACACUGUGAAGAAAACACGAUCGCGGAUGCUUCGGGCCGACACGCAACUGGUGUCAGGGCCCAUUUAGGAUAGAUGUGAUUCUGAGCCAGACCUGAGGGCUGAGAUACGCUUGUGCAUAAGCAAAGGCACUGGGGCACCAGAGUGAAUGACAGAGGAGCCGCCGUGUGGUGAAAAGAGCAGAGAUCUAAGAGUAUGACCUAGACUAUGUGAGACUGUUUCCACAUCUCUAAGAGGUAGUCAGUGGGACCUACCGUGCAGGGUUGUGGGGAAAACUAGGGAUAACACUUAGGAAUCGCCACAGGGAGGGUAUCCAAAAAUGGCUACGGACAUAAAGGAACUCGGAGGUUGGGAACGAGAGGACUGUGAAGCACGAAAAGCAGGUUGGAGUCAGCUGGGAACAGCUUUGCCUGCUAGGCUGAGCGGAGGCAGUGGGGGGCUGCAGACAGAUUUUAAGCAGGAGAGACACAUGGUCAGAUCCGGGUUCUAGAAGGGUCACCACCCAGGCCAAUGAACGACGGACCAAAGGUCAAAACGGAGGAAGCCAGUGCAGGGUGAGGAGGACUGGACGAGGCAGGGACAGUGAGGACGGAGGUGGGGAGAGUGUUAAGAUGGGGCUUGGUGUCUGAUUGGUACAGACCACAUGGGCAGCUGGAGGCAAGUUCAAGCCUCAGUUUCCCCUUCUUCCAUUCUCCGCUGGUUCUUCAUCCUUCUGACCCUGUGGAUCCCAGACUCCCAGCUCACCCCCAGCCUCUGGCCUCCAGUUCCUGUGUCACAUUUCAUCGCGGAGGCUGAAUUUGACCAGGAGGCAUUUUGCUUGGGCCGGGGGGAAGGGGGGGGGGAAAUCUAUACAACAUGAGAUGUACCAUUUUAGCCAUUUGUAAGUGCAUAAUUCAGUGGUGUUAAGUCCAUUCACAUUAUUCUGCAACCGUCACCACCAUCCCUUUCAGAACUUUUCUCGUCUUCCCAAAGUGAAACUCCACACCCAUUAAACGCUAACGCCCCAUUCUCCCUUCCCCCAGCCCCUGGCAACCACCGUCUACUUCCUGUCUCUAUGAAUCUGACUACUCUAGGGACCUGAAAUCAGUGGAGUCACACAGUAUCUGUCCUCUUGUGAUCGUCUUAUUUCACUCGGCAUGACCUCUUUGAGGUGCAUCUACGCUAUGGCGGGUGUUGACAGUUCCUUCUCUUAAAGGCUGAAUACCAUUCCAUUGUCCCUCUAGACCACAUUUCGUCUAUCCAUUCAUCCAUCAGUGGACACAUGCGUUGUUUCUACCUUUGGGCUAUUGUGAAUAAUGCUGCUAUGAACACGGAUGUACAGAUACCUGUCUGAGUCCUUGCUUUCAAUUCUUUUGGGUCCAUACACAGACGCGGAAAUUGCUAGAUCAUACCCUCAUUCUGUGUUGAAUUUCUUGAGGAACCACCAUAUUCUUUUCCAUGGCAGGUGCACCAUUUUACAUCCCUGCUCAACUUUCUCCUUUUAGUCUGAAAGCUCUGCCGUCAUUUAGAGAUUAGGGGUUUCACUAUCGGUUGUGGGGCUUUAACCCGGGCCUGUGACGCCCCAAAGCCUAUACUCCAC